AUGGCCCCGGCGCUGCCCUGGCUCCUGCUGUGGGUGGGCUCGGCGGUGCUGCCCGCCCGCUGCGCCCAGCCCGGCAUCCGGCUGCCCCUGCGGAGCGGGCUGGGGGGCGCCCCGCUGGGCCUGCGCCUGCCCCGGGACACCGAGGAGCCCGAGGAGCCCGGCCGGAGGGGCAGCUUCGUGGAGAUGGUGGACAACCUGCGGGGCAAGUCCGGCCAGGGCUACUACGUGGAGAUGACCGUGGGCAGCCCCCCCCAGACGCUCAACAUCCUGGUGGACACGGGCAGCAGCAACUUCGCCGUGGGGGCCGCGCCCCACCCGUUCCUGCACCGCUACUACCAGAGGCAGCUGUCCAGCACAUACCGGGACCUCCGCAAGGGCGUGUAUGUGCCCUACACCCAGGGCAAGUGGGAGGGGGAGCUGGGCACCGACCUGGUGAGCAUCCCCCACGGCCCCAAUGUCACUGUACGUGCCAACAUUGCCGCCAUUACGGAGUCAGACAAGUUCUUCAUCAAUGGCUCCAACUGGGAAGGCAUCCUGGGGCUGGCCUAUGCUGAGAUCGCCAGGCCCGACGACUCCCUGGAGCCCUUCUUUGACUCGCUGGUGAAGCAGACCCACGUGCCCAACCUCUUCUCCCUGCAGCUGUGCGGCGCCGGCUUCUCCCCCAACCAGUCGGAAGUGCUGGCCUCAGUUGGAGGGAGCAUGAUCAUUGGGGGUAUUGACCCCUCACUAUACACGGGCAGCCUCUGGUACACACCCAUCCGACGGGAGUGGUAUUAUGAGGUGAUCAUCGUGCGGGUGGAGAUCAAUGGACAGGACCUGAAAAUGGACUGCAAGGAGUACAACUAUGAUAAGAGCAUCGUGGACAGUGGCACCACCAACCUCCGUUUGCCCAAGAAAGUGUUUGAAGCUGCGGUCAAAUCCAUCAAGGCCGCCUCCUCGACGGAGAAGUUCCCGGACGGCUUUUGGCUGGGGGAGCAGCUGGUGUGCUGGCAGGCGGGCACCACCCCCUGGAACAUCUUCCCGGUCAUAUCACUCUACCUGAUGAGCGAGGUCACCAACCAGUCCUUCCGCAUCACCAUUCUGCCACAGCAAUACCUGCGGCCAGUGGAGGACGUGGCCACGUCCCAAGACGACUGCUACAAGUUCGCCGUCUCCCAGUCGUCCACGGGCACUGUGCUGGGAGCUGUCGUCAUGGAGGGCUUCUACGUGGUCUUUGAUCGGGCGAGAAAGCGGAUCGGCUUUGCUGUCAGUGCUUGCCAUGUGCAUGACGAGUUCCGGACGGCGGCGGUGGAAGGGCCGUUUGUCACCCUGGACAUGAUGGACUGUGGCUACAACAUCCCCCAGACAGACGAGUCAACCCUCAUGACCAUAGCCUACGUCAUGGCCGCCAUCUGUGCCCUCUUCAUGCUGCCACUCUGCCUCAUGGUGUGCCAGUGGCGCUGCCUCCGCUGCCUGCGCCACCAGCACGAUGACUUUGCUGACGACAUCUCCCUGCUGAAGUGA